GUCUGGUGUCCCAUCCUUUUUCCCGCAUUCUCUCAACAAAUUUUGUGUGAUUCACCAUUUUAUCGUGACAAUUUAACAAGCAGCUUCUGACUCACUUUUACCAUAAACUUUAAUCUCCUUCAUUUACAUUUUACACGCAGGGUUUUGGAAGGUUCAAGGAGUGACAUUGUUGUGACUGAGAUCUAGAAUUUUAUUGCUAUCAGAGGUCUGUUGAACUGAGCUUUGGUACCAGGGAGCGAAAACCUAUUGUGAGCGUGUUGGAUAUUUAUUAAUCAUAGCAUGAACAGGGAUGGCAACUGAUACUCGGUCUAAUCGCAAAUCUAAGGAUGAUGAAAGCUGUAAUUCAAAAGGGAAGCAAACAAGUGGGAAAGGAUUGUCUAGCUCGGGCCUGGAAUCUUCAGACGCAUCUACUUUAAGGAGGUCAGCAAGGGAAACAUCUUCAUCAAAGAAAAAUAUGACUUCAAGCCCUUCAAGUACCCGGAAGUCUGAGCGUCUUGAAAAGCGUAUCUCAACAACUCCUCCAGUUCAGGGGAAAUCUGAGAAAGUUGAGAAGCAUACUACAGCAGUCCCUUUGAGGAGGUCCGAGAGGGGUAAGAAGCCCUCCUCCUCCAGUUCUUCAGGUUCAAAGAAAUCUGAUAAAAGCUCGAGCUCAUCAAAGAUAAAAUGGAAAAAAGAGAAAAAGGAGAAGAGUGUCAAACAGUUGAAUAUGGAAACCAAAGAAGUUAGCAACGAAAGUAAGAAACGGGAUACUUGACCUCUUCUGGUGGAGAAAAAGAGAAUGGAUGCACGUAUCUAUAGGGCACUUUUCAAGCGACAACCUAAGAAGGUUAAAGUAGAAGAUCAUAAUAAGGAGCUGAAGAUGAGGGACAAGUCUUCUCAGGGUUACGGCAGCGACCGCGAAGAUGAGAGUCUCAAGAAAGUUAACAGCGACCUCAAAGAUGGGAGUCGUAAGAAAGUUAACAGCGACCACCAAGAUGAGAGCCUUGAGAAAGUUAAGAACGACCACAAAUAUGAGAGUCUUAAGAAAGUUAACAACAACAUCAAAGAUGAGGGUCCUAAGAAAGUUAUCAGUGACAUUGAAAGCAGUGAAAGAAGGCAUGAGGAGUUGAGAGAUAAAGAGGUUCCAAGUUUCUUUGAAAUAGCUGGGGAGGAGCCCAAUGCUGGUAUAAAUAGAUCUGCACAAGGUGCAUCAAGAGUUUGGGAGGCUAAUGGCCCUGAUGUUGGAGAUUCUAUUACUUUCUCUAAGAGUGGUGACACAACCAUAGAGGCAAUUGCUGAUGCUGAGCAGGCAAAGGUGGCUUGUUUAUCCAAAGAAAAAUUUCCUUCACCUGAGUUGCUAGAUUCUACGGUGGUGGGACGAACCUUAGAUGGUGUUAUUGGUACAGAGAGGUGUCAUGAAGUCAUGCCUUUGAAAAGAAAAAGGAAGGAAGUGAAUGUGCAUCCUGAUACUUCUUCUGUGAUUGCAAAUAAAAGUUCAAGAAGUGGAGAAGUUAUCACUCCACCAACAGAGUGUGUUGAUACAUGUGGCACUUGUUUUAAGAGGCAAAGGGUUGAUUAUGAUUCAACAAGGCAGGAAUGUUGCUCUUGUCUCCUAAAACCAAAAGAAAAAUUGGAUGAGGGAUUGUCUGAUGCCUCUAUUGCCAAGGAUAGAGGGAAACCUGGAGCCGGUGUUACCACAGAACUUGUUGCAAAUUGCGGAAACCAUAUGCAGCGAAAUGGAUCUUUUGUAGAUAUACCAGCUGAUGGCUUCCAAAAUACAUGUCUUAUCUGCAAGCUUGGUGGAAAGCUCUUGUUCUGUGAUGGAAUAGGGUGUAAAAGAAGUUACCAUCUAUCUUGUCUAGAUCCUCCUAUGGAGAAUGUUGCACUUGGAGCUUGGUAUUGUAUUCCAUGUGCUAGGAAGAAAAUAGAAUCAGGUGUACAUUCAUUGUCAAAAGGAAUAGAGUCGAUUUGGGAUGUUGGAGAGGAGGUAUCAGAUGCUGAUGGAUCGAGAAAGCAGAAGAAAUACUUUGUAAAAUACAAAGGUCUUGCCCAUGUUCAUAAUUGUUGGGUUCCAGAAAGUCAACUACUUUGUGAAGCUCCAUCUCUUGUUUCUAAAUUCAACCGGAAAAACCAGGUUGCAAGGUGGAAGGUGGAAUGGACUUUGCCUCAUCGUUUGCUACAAAAAAGAUCCUUAGUAUCUCUUAGGCAGUAUGAUGAGUAUUUUAGUGAGCAUGAUGGUGGUGGUCUAGAUUGCCACUAUGAGUGGCUUGUGAAAUGGCAUGGUCUUGAUUAUGAGCACUCUACAUGGGAAUUAGAGACUGCACCUUUUAUCAUUUCUCCGGAAGGCCAGAGUCUUAUAAGAGACUAUGAAAAUCGUCACCAUAAGGCAAAGAUAGCUUCUUAUUUAUCUAGCGUUGAAAAGAAAACGGAGAAAGUUUUCCCCGUCAAAUUGGAUCAUUUGUUGACUGGAGGUUCAUCUGUGUCCAAGAAUAAUCUAGACUUUGUUAACAAGCUUCGUGAAUAUUGGCACAAGGGCCAGAAUGCUGUUGUUUUUGAUGAUCAGGAAAGAAUUGUGAAGGUGAUUUUAUUCAUAAAAUCAUUGUUAUCGGAUGUCUCUCAGCCUUUUCUUAUCAUCUCAACUUCUCCUUCGCUUCAUUCUUGGGAAGAUGAAUUUUCACGUUUGGCACCAUCAGCUGAUGUUGUAGUUUACAGUGGAAGCAAAGAAAUACGAACAAGUCUGAGGACAUUAGAAUUUUAUGAGGAAGGAGGGUGCAUAAUGUUUCAAGCACUUAUAACCUCACCAGAAGUUGUUAUUGAGGAUCUAAAUGUAUUUGAGAGCAUAGGAUGGGAGGCGAUAAUAGUUGAUGAGUGUCAACGUUCCAAAAUUUCUUCUCAUUUAGAACAAAUUAAGAUGCUAAUUACUAAAAUGAGGCUUCUACUUGUCAGCGGUCAACUAAAGGAUACAAUAGCUGAAUACCUUAAUAUGCUUUCUGCCCUGGAUUAUCAACCUGACAGAGGUUCACUUAGUAAUGAGGGCUUCAUAACAGAUUCAAUUGAUAAUAUUGGUACUCUGAAAGAAAAGCUGUCAAAGUAUGUUGCAUAUGGUGGCAAGUUGGAUUCUUCUAAGUUUGUGGAGUAUUGGGUCCCUGUACAGAUUUCCAAUGUGCAGCUUGAGCAGUAUUGUGCUACUUUGCUGUCGAACUCUUCGUCACUUUGCUCAACUUUGAAGAAUGAUCCUGUUGGAGCCCUCCGUGAUAUUCUUAUUUCUACGCGGAAGUGCUGUGAUCAUCCCUAUAUUUUGGAUUCAUUCCUGCGAAGAGCUCUCCUUGAUGGCCUUCAGGUGACUGAGCAUCUAGAUGUUGAAAUAAAAGCAAGUGGCAAGCUACAACUUCUUGACACAAUGCUUACAGAGAUGAAGAAUCAAGCUUUAAGAGUCCUUAUUCUUUUCCAGUCAAGGGGUGGUGCUGGGAAGAAUUCCGCCUCACUUGGAAAUAUUUUGGAGGACUAUGUACAGCAAAGAUUUGGUCCUCAUUCGUAUGAACAUGUUGAUGGGAAUGUCAUCCCUUCAAAAAAGCAGGCUUCUAUGAAUAACUUUAAUAAGAAGAGUGAGAGAUUUGUGUUCUUAUUAGAAACCCGUGCUUGUCUUCCCAGCAUCAAACUGUCUUCAGUUGAUACGGUCAUCAUAUUUAACAGCGACUGCAGUCCAGUGAAUGACUUACGAGCCUUGCAAAAGAUAACGCUUGAAUCGCAGUUUGAACAAAUAAAAGUAUUUCGUUUAUAUUCAUCUUUUACAGUGGAAGAAAAAGCUCUGAUCCUGGCAAAGCAAGAUAGACCUCCUGAUGGCUAUUUGCAAAAUAUGAGCCGGGUUUCUAGUCAUGUGCUGCUUAUGUGGGGAGCUUCAUAUCUAUUCAAUAGAUUGGUUGAAUAUCAUGUUAAUGAUUCACUAGCAUCCGGUUCAAGUGACAUCUUUGAGAAAUCUCUUUUGAAGAAUGUGACCCAGGAGUUCUUAACCAUACUAACUAAAACUGGUGAGGAUAAUGAUAGGAGCAAAUUGAAUGUAAUUCUGAAAGUCAAACAAGAUAGGGGAACUUACAGUGCAACUUUUCCAUUGUUUGGUGAAUCAAAAAUAGAAGUAAUAGAUGAAGGGGCACCCCACGUGUUUUGGAUGAAACUAUUGGAAGGUAAAACUCCAUGCUGGAAAUAUUCUUUUGUUUCAUCUCAGAGGAGCCGGAAAAGGGUUCGUUAUCUUGAUGAUGUAAAAAAUAAACCAGAGGGUGAGAAUGGUGAGGUUGUGAAGAAGCACAAGAAGGUGGCUAACAAUACUGUUAAUCCAUCCUCUAUGAAACAUGGACUAGGAAGAAAAAAAGCUUCUAGGAAUAAUGAAGGAACUUCAAGAAUUCCAGCACAGAGUGAAACAAUCUCUUUGAAGCAUGCUUCUCCCUCACCUUGUUUGGUCAACAAUAUCUCAGGAAUUCAAAGAGAAUUGUAUUACUCACAGAAGAAUCUUCAUCUUCUUUUGAAGGCAGAGAUAUCAAAACUUUGUGAAGUUCUACAACUCAGAGAGGAUGUCAAGGAUAUGGUUGAAAAGUUUCUUGAAUAUUUUAUGAUUAACCAUCCUGUCAGUAGAGAACCAGAAACCAUAUUACAGGCUUUUCAGAUAUCUGUGUGUUGGACUGCAGCUUCUUUGCAGAAGCAGAAAAUUGGUCACAAAGAAUCCUUUGCUCUUGCAAAACAGCAUCUAAAUGUUGGCUGCAAGAAAGAAGAUGCGGAUUUAUUUUAUUUAAAGUUACAGUGUCUGAAGAAAGUGUUCUUAUGCCAACUGGAGAAGUUGAAGUUGGCAGACUGUCCUAAAGCAUCUGAAAUUUCCAUUAAAGAUAUUGGUGGUGAUCAUUUGCAUACAAGUCUGUCACAAACGGAAACCCCUAACUUGCAGAAGGUUAAAGUAGAGGUUGAGGACUGGUCAACAGCUCAAGAAUGCUCUGACAAACUGGACCUUUCCAAGGUGGCCCAGAAAGAUAUCUUAAAAUGCAUCAACAAAAUUCAGAAGAAAUUCCAAAAGCAGAUGGCAAAGCUUUUUCAGAAGCACCAGAAAGAAACAGAGCACAUUCACCAACAGUACGAGGAAGAAAAAGCAAAUUUGGAAAAUAAGAAAAGAACAGAAGCGGCUAUUAUUUCUCAUUUACAUAGUCAUGGUAAUAGUUCAAUGAAGAUAGAUAGGCUUAAGAUAUUGGACAAUGAAUACGCAAAAGAAUUUGAAGAACUUAGAAGCGAGAGAGAUGCAAAACUCAAAAAUCUUGAGGAAAUGAAAAUCUCUGCCAUGAAAAUGGUUCAAGAGAAGGAAGCUAUUUGGGUGGAAGAAGUGAAGUCCUGGGUAGAAGUUGAAUUUUCAAAUAAGCCACCUUCUAAUGAAUUUGGGCAUGAUGUGCAAAAUAUGCUGACUAGCGAACAAAUAAAUGCUCAUGAUAGUCUGGAGAAUAUUUUCCCUGUUUCUGGUCAUCUUUCAGAAGAGCGGAGUCCUAACAAUCUUGUGCCCAUCACACUUGUGGGUGGGGUGGAAUCAUCUGGAGUUCAUCAAACUGUGCCCAAUGAAGCUGCAGUUUGUAGCCACCCUAUUGAGACUGUCGGUCCAGUUGGGCCCAGUAGGGUACUAAGUGACAAAUUUGAUACCAUAGCUUCUGAGAGAGCGUCAGUUUCUGGUUUCCAGGAACACAUGCAUGCCGGCAAUUUGGGUGACAAUCAGGGAAAAGUGGUGUCUAUGAAUUCUUAUUCCAAUCAAAAGGUUCCUGAUGGAGCCAUGUUAAGCAUGCCAGGUGGACAGGUUCAAUUGGAAGUUACUGAAACUGUCAGUUCCAGUGACAAUCCAGAGGAUGGCCAUCUGGCAUUUCAUUUAUCUGCAGAACAGAUUUGUGAUAGGGUUCCUUUAAAUCCUGAUGGGGAGCUUCUGAUGGGGGUAACCAAGACUGCUUCCAGUAAUAAUCUUGAGAAUGUUGUCUCAAUGAAUGCACCAUCGUUAGAUGAACAAAUUCAUGAUGGAGCCACAGCUAGCAUCACCGACACUGAGGUUUUAUUGAGAGUCCCUGAGGCAGAGGCUCAUUCAUCUGAAGAACAGAUUCCUUGUACGGCUGCAUUAACCAUACCUGAGGCAGAGGCUCCAGUGGUAGUGCCUGAAAAUGUCAGUUCCAGUGAUGGUCUAGAGACUGUUGCCUCGGUCAAUUUGUCUUCAUCUAGAGUAGAAAUUCCUGAUGCCAGUUUAUCCAUGCCUGAUGUAGAGGUUCAAUUGGGGGUUCCUGAAAGUUCUCCUGAUGAAGUGGUGGAAGUUAGUAAUACCAAUGAAGAGAAUGAUGGAUUGCCUGCAAUGUCCUUGGAUAAUGCUACUGAAGUCGUACAAACUGAUGGAGUGAGUUGUAAUGUCAAUGUGAAUUUGCAUCUGCAGGAUCUUUCUUCUGUUAACUCACCUUCAGUGCAAACUCCAACUACCACAGCUCAAGAUGGUCCAAUACCACCAAAUCGGGCUAUAUGUUCUGAAGUCAUCACAUCAACUAUAAUACAAAAUGGAGAUGCAGCAGCUGGUGAAAUGCAGAUUUCUUCCCAACAGUCUGUACCUUCUCAAUCCCAUCCGGUUGAUAAUGUAACGUCUGAUCCAUCUAAUCAUGUGGUAGCUGCUGAAAUACAGAUUCCUUCCCAACAAUUGGGGGUUCCUGAAAUUCCUGAUGCCAGUUUAUCCAUGCCUGAUGUAGAGGUUCAAUUGGGGGUUCCUGAAAGUUCUCCUGAUGAACUGUUGGAAGUUAGUAAUACCAAUGAAGAGAAUGAUGGAUUGCCUGCUAUGUCCUUGGAUAAUGCUACUGAAGUCGUACAAGCUGAUGGAGUGAGUUGUAAUGUAAAUGUGAAUUUGCAUCUGCAGGAUCUUUCUUCUGUUAACUCACCUUCAGUGCAAACUCCAACUACCACAACUCAAGAUGGUCCAAUACCACCAAAUCGGGCUAUAUGUUCUGAAGUCAUCACAUCAACUAUAAUACAAAAUGGAGAUGCAGCAGCUGGUGAAAUGCAGAUUCCUUCUCAAUCCCUUCCAGUUGAUAAUGUAGCAUCUGAUCCAUCUAGUCAUGAAGCACCAGCCUCUGAGCCUGUAGCACAAAUGCAGGUAUUGCCAUCCAUAGAUGUACUAUCUGGCCAUAAUCCCCCUGAUUUUCCUUCAGCUAGCAGAGUAGGAGCUCAUCCAAGCAGUGACCACUGCAUCACCAAUCAAAGUGCUCAGGCACAGAACGAUGUCGAGCUUCCGAAUCAAGCUGUUUUGCAGCCCAGUGCUGGUUUUGCACCAAGUCCUACUGAUGGAUUGGGAACUAAUGAAUGUGACACAAACACAGCAUCAGUUCCUUCUGGACAUAGUAAUCGUACUGUACCAAAUGCAGCCCCAGUAACAUACUUGUAUCAUGAUCCUCUUCAGAAGGAAUUGGAAAGAAUAUGCAGAGAUAAAGACAAAACCGUGAAGACUCAUGAAGAAACUAAGCUUCGGCUGAAAUCUGAUUGUGAGCGAGAGAUAGAGGAGGCUGUCACUCAAAUUCGUAGGAAGUUUGAGAUUAAGCUCAAGGAAACUGAGACAGAAUUUCAGAGUAAAAAGAGGGAGCUGGAUGCUUAUCACAAUCAAGUUCUGCUGAAUAAGAUCUUGGCUGAGGCUUUCAAAGCCAAGUGUAUGGACUUGAAAGCAUCCAGUGCUGGAAUGCAACAAGAGUUAACUUCCAGUUUCAUUCAGCGUCUUGCACAGCAAUCAUCACAGCAAUCUGCUGCUCAAAGGCCUUCUGUUUUGGCUGGGUCUUCUUUAUCUGGCUCCUUGGCAACUACUUCAGCAUCUACUAGUACAACUCCAUCCACCCUGCUGACGACAUCUCUUCCUCCUGCAGCUAGUCCACACGCUGCAGUUCCACCGUUACAGGCUGUUCACCAUUCAUCAGCACUUUUUUCAAGUGGUGCAACGAGACCACCUCACAUCAGUUCCGUAAACUCUCCUGCUGGAAACCACCAAGUUGGUACUGGAAUUCGUGCUCCUGCCCCACAUUUACAACCUUUUAGACCUUCAUUGCCCAUCUCUUCAACCAGUCUUCCAUCUUCUAGUGUGUUACCAAGUCAGCAGAUGCCAAGUAACCCUCCUGCAACUUCUCUCUCACUUUCCCAGUAUCCUUCUCGACCACCACCACCCCCCACAUUCCAUCCCAGUGCUUACAAUAGGGCACACCAACCUGAAACUGUCGUAGGUAUUCCAUCUCUUCCCAACACUUCUCUCCCAGCCCUAGAGCUACUUAGGGAUUUUGAUGCUAGAUCUGGGGCAAAUCCAAUUCCACCUAGCAGUUUGCCCCCACUACCAGAUCUGGGUUCAGCUGUCCUGCCUGAAUCUGCCCUGCAGAGUAGUAUGCGGGCUAGCACGGGACAGGUGAGUGGAGCAGCUGAUGUUGUUUGUUUAUCAGACGAUGAAUGACUGGCCAUUCAAUAUUACAAGGUUUUUUGAAUUAUUUAACAUAGGUCCACCAUGCUGAUCCCCUGAAAUUGUAAUAGUGAUCUCCUUGCUAGGAAUUUUGCGAAUGUAUAUAUUUGAAUACUUUGUAUGUAAUCUAAAAAAAAAAAAAAAAAGGAUGAGGCCAUUUUUUCACAGUACUUUCUUUUGCCUGUUUUGUAUCCAAUCAAUUGUCAAAUGGAGCUGAGCCUGAGAACGCUUGACGUUAAAUUAAAGCUCUGAAUAUUAACACCAACCACCAAAAUUUUGUU